CAUAUCACAUUGUGGACACAAUCAUUACCUCAAAUUAGGUUUUGACAAGUCAUUUUCAUAAAAACCCAAUAGUAUAUUCACCCACUGGGAACUGGAAAAGAUAAUGCGCCAUUACGCUGUAGAUUUCCUUAUAAGACGUAUAGUAUCCAAGACAUAGCGAGGCAAGUUGCAGCACAACACAACAGUAUUUACCGGUUCAGGCGGAUAACUUAUCUAAUUCGGACAUGCCGACAGGGCCAUUCGGCCCAUACCGUUCGAAUAAUAAAUGCUGAUUAGGCACGUAGUUAACGGAAAAUAUUAUCUUCAUAUUUUCUUACCACAAAAAGUAUCUUUAACAAUACUCAGUUAGAUGUCAGUCAUUUCUUCACUCAAUAUAGAUGAAUGAAAAAAAUAUUGAUUCAUGUCUUUACUGUGUGUGGAAAAUCAGACGAAAAAUUAGAAAAUCAAAAGAUUCUCACUUAUGAGUUUGGUGGCGCAAAAAAUGACACUGGGCAUUAGGAGUGACACAAUUGCACCUAUUUUAAGAUCAAACCCAGAUUAGAAUUCUGUUCUGAGAAGCAGAAAUGGUAUACGAGGAUGGAAUUGAGUUGGAUUCAGGGCAAUCACGUCUACAACAGCUUGGUUACAAACAAGAGUUAAAGCGGGAUCUAUCGGUACUAUCCAACUUUGCAUUUUCGUUUUCGAUUAUAUCAGUGCUUACAGGAUUAACUACCCUGUAUUCAACUGGACUAAGAUUUGGAGGUACAAUUAGUAUAGUAUAUGGAUGGUUGUUUGCUUGUUGUUGGACAAUGUUUGUUGGUUUAUCCAUGAGUGAGAUUUGCUCAGCUUUCCCAACCUCUGGUGGUCUUUACUACUGGAGUGCUAAGCUUGCUGGUCCUCAUUGGGCACCUUUUGCUUCUUGGUUAACUGGAUGGUUCAACAUUGUUGGACAGUGGGCUGUUACGACUAGCGUCGACUUCUCACUUGCACAGCUAAUCCAAGUUAUGAUUCUGCUAAGCACUGGUGGAGUGAACGGUGGUGGAUACCAAGCUUCUAAAUAUGUAGUUAUUGCUCUUCAUGGAGGGAUUUUGUUCACUCAUGCUGUCUUAAAUUGUCUUCCUGUUUCAUAUCUAUCCAUCUUUGGACAGUUUGCUGCUUUAUGGAAUCUUGUUGGGGUUUUCGUCCUAAUGAUUGUCAUUCCUACUGUUGCCACUCAUACUGUCAGUGCCGAAUUUGUCUUCACUCACUUCAACACAGAUAAUGAUGAUGGAAUUAAAAGUAAACCUUACAUAUUUGUUCUUGGACUCUUAAUGAGCCAGUACACCCUUAGCGGGUAUGAUGCGUCAGCCCAUAUGACAGAGGAAACCAAGAAUGCAGAUACAAAUGGACCAAAAGGAAUUAUAAGUGCAAUUGGCAUAUCCGUCAUUGUAGGAUGGGGAUAUCUACUUGGUAUCACGUUUGCAGUCACCAACAUCCCUCAUCUUCUGGACACCAACAAUGAUGCUGGUGGUUAUGCCGUUGCCCAAGUGUUUUAUGAAGCUUUCAAAAGUAGAUUUGGAAGUGGUGUUGGGGGAAUUAUUUGUUUGGGAGUAGUUGCUGUUGCCAUAUUUUUCUGCGGAAUGAGUUCUGUGACAAGUAACUCCAGGAUGGUAUAUGCAUUCUCAAGAGACGGGGCAAUGCCAUAUUCAUCCGUGUGGCAUAAAGUGAAUAAGCAUGAAGUUCCAAUAAAUGCAGUUUGGCUCUCUGUUUGCAUAUCGUUCUGCAUGGCAUUAACGUCUUUGGGAAGUCUGGUAGCAUUUCAAGCGAUGGUGUCGAUAGCAACUAUUGGACUUUAUAUUGCAUAUGCACUACCCAUCUUCUUCAGAGUGACAUUAGCUCGAAAGAGAUUUGUUCCUGGACCUUUCAACUUAGGCCGCUAUGGAAUGUUUGUGGGAUGGGUUGCAGUCAUUUGGGUGGCGAUCAUUACAAUACUCUUCUCUCUACCUGUUGCAUAUCCAAUUACAACAGACACUCUAAAUUAUACUCCAGUUGCCGUUGGCGGUCUUCUUAUCGUGAUCGUUUCCUGGUGGAUAUUGAGUGCAAGGCACUGGUUCAGAGGUCCUGUAACCAAUAUUAUUUAGAAAAUUGUAUAAAUUAUUAGUUUUUAUUUCUUUUCACCCAUUCUUGAAAACCCUCGGAUCACGGAAUUAUUAUAUUCAAAUUUCAGUUUUUUUUUAGAAGUUUCUACGAAUGUAAAACUCACGCAACGGCUGUCAAAAAUCUAAUGCAUGUUUGAUGGCUGAAAUGCUAGUUUAAC